GUAAAACAAGGCCUCUUUUUGUCCUCGACUUCAUCAGACUCACAUGUUUCAAAGAGGAGGGGAAGAGAUAGGUGGGACAGAUGAGAGAGAGAGAAAGACAAGUGAUAGAAAAACAAAGUCACAGAAUCGGAGAGCUCUCCUGUUAUUUCUAACCAUAUCAAAACGUAGAAGUGUCACAUUUAAUUGUUUUGUAAAAUUAAUUAGUUUGAGCAAAGAAACUCUACUAGAAAGGAUCCAAACCACAGAGGAUCUGAAACGACAGUCCUGGAUUUGAACCUGGAAGACUGUCGGAUCAUGGAGAAUGGUAAAAUAGAGGGUACAGGUUAUGACAUAGAUGCCAUAGACCUUCAGUUGCAGGCGAUGUGGGUGGAGCUAAAAUCGGGAGUUGGAAGUGUGGUUGAAGAUUUUGCCACACUACGGCAAACCUACAGCCGACUAGAGGAGAAAGUCUCUACCUAUCAACAAGAAACCAAUGAAAAGAUCCUGUCUCUCAGAAACACACUUAACACAUUACAGGAGGACAUGAGCACAGCUCUAACGCAGCUCUCUGAGGUUAGGAGUAACCAAAAAGACCUGCAGAGAGACCUGGACCUUAUGCAGAGCACACAACACAGGAAAGGCUCAAGGGGGGAGGGAUCAGUGGAUGGCCACGCCUCUCUAAACAGCCAAACAGAACUCAGUCUCAUUCAGCAUUACAUAAGCAGCCUGUCAGCUAAUCAGAACUCUUAUCUUGAGCAUGACGGUCAAAAGAAGUUUCCAGUGUGGAGGGAGAGAAAAAACAACCGAGAUUUGAAAGAACAAAAUAACUCAACUCAGAGGCAGACUGCCGCGCUGGAGCUGUUGGAGUCUGAGAGAGCGUAUGUGUCGUAUCUCUCACUCCUGUUAAAGGCCAACAUCAGUUUUAAUGGAUCGGAAAACAUCAGCCUCAAAGACAAACGGCCUUUCCCUCCCUCUCUACGCUUCUUGAUUCAGCAGCAUCUGGAACUCCUUCACCUCCUUCAGGAGAGAGUUCUUAAGAGCCACUGGCAAGGAAUCAUGGGAGAUGUAUUUCUAAGGCUCACUAGCAAAGAAAGUGAUUUUCUGGAUCAUUACGUAUCAUACCUACGGGACCUGCCAGAAUGUUUGACAGUUGUUAGUCUGUUCUCCUCUUCAAAAUCAGCCAGCUUACUGGAGGGUGAUAUCACAGGGGAUGAGACAUGUCCAUCUCUGCAUUCUCUGCUUCUACAACCUGUCCAACGUAUCCCAGAAUACCAUACGCUCCUCCAGAGUCUUCUGCAGCAGACAGAGUCAGAGCAUCCAGACUAUUACCUGUUACUGGUGUCUGUGCAACAGCUCCGAGCUUUCAUGUCCCAGUUCAGCCAUCUGCUACAGCACAACCAGGAGCUCCUCACACACAGUCAUGCCCUGCGAGAACACACACACAGCCUGUGCACACAACAGCAUGAGCGGCCCUCACACACCCGAAAAGAGCUAAGCAGGUCUACAGUUAGACAGCUGUAUAAAGUCGACUAUGAGAAAAAUUACAGCAACACCAGCGCACAAAAUGAUCCCUCUCGACGUAACAAACGCUACCCUGACUAUGAAACAGCACCCUAUCACUACGACCCAGAAAUCCCAUCCCCUGUCUCCUUCCUGUCUGACUCUGACUCUCGUCACAAAGCCAUCUCAGUUCCUCUGCGCAGCAUUCCAGAGUCAGAGGGAGCGGGAUCUGUCCUCUCUGAUGCUCUGGGUGCGCUCUUUCCCUAUGGAGCCGGCGGCUCUCGCUGCUCAAGCCCGUCUCAUUCCUCGGACUCCAGCAUUGAUAUUGCCUUUGUGCGUUGUAGUCCUUCUCAUAGUCCACCUCGACAGUCCCACAGUAGGGGGAGAAGCGCUGGGGGUGUGGUUUAUAGGUCCAACAGAGCCUGUGUGUCACCUGACUCAGCAGAUAUUGUGAGACCACGCCCUCUACAGGCAGUGCAGAGAAAGAGCAAAUCACUGAACGGCCUGCAGAUGGACAGUAUUGAUAGCCACGCCCAUCAGUCAAAAACUCCCGCCCACCCGAGGCUAGAGCGCCAGUCAGGUGUCAAAUCAAGACUGAGACCGAGCAGUCCAAAGCACAGAUAUGAGACACACACUGACACAGAGGAGCAGCCACGGCUAAUACAUCAAAAGGAUCCUAGAAGCCUGGUGUGGGAGGAGCUCAAAUUGAGGGGUGUGUCGGAUGAUUAUGACCACACCCCCUUGAGUGAACACAGUAGGAAAGAAGGAAAAGGAUUUAGGAACUCCUUCAAAAAGCUCUUUAAGAAAAAGUCUAGUGGUGAUGGAAAGGAGAAGACAACAGUGAAAGCUGAGUGUCAAAGCAGCGGAGAGCAUGAGUCCACCAAAGCCCCUCACACAGCAGACAUUGACAGAGGAACUGCUGUUUAAAGUGGUUCUCUGCUGGUUUUGCUUCAGGGAGUGAAGUGUUUGCUCUCUAAAUAUCUCUUGAAUGUCCAAGGUUUCAUGCAUUCAGACAUAAAACACUUUACAUGAUAAAUUAAUCAUAUUAGCAAUAUAAUUUUGGGCAGAAUUUUGAGAAUCGCUGGUUUUUGCAUUGUUUAAGCAAAUAUAUACAUGCACAUAUAAAGAAACAGACACACUUAUUCAUCUUUUGUUCAGUUUAUGCUGGGCCACUCUGACAGGAUGCAUUCUAUAUCUGAUCCAAUGUAUAUUAUCCAAUGUAUGUUAAUUACUCAUAAAUAAAUACAUGCUGUAUACAAAUAAAAAUGUAAAUAUAUUUGAAUGCAAAUGUAAAUGGUAGCAAUUAAAAUAAUAAUAAUAAAGCAAAUCUUAUUUUUAGGUAACAUUUCUUUUUAUGUGUAUAAAUGUGUGUAUAUAUAUGACACAAAUAACAACACCAUUCAGAUGUAUUUGAUUUUUUUUUUCACCUUGGUUUAAUGUGUUAAAUCUCAUAAAAGAGUUUCACAUUUGAAACAAAAUAUUGGCUUUAUACAGUCUGUAAAACUCAAAUUAUUUUACACUAUAUACAAGACAUAUGCAUCACAUCACACAAGAAAACGCUGCUGUAGUGAACAUGGAGUAGUUUGACACACACUGUACUCAAAGCAUCCAAUAACACAAUUAUGAGCUUUCAAACAUAUAGAGUAAAUGUUACUGGAGAUUAGGCUCAGACACGGUUUCAUUUGGGUCUUGACAAAAAUCUAGAGCAUGGAUCAUGUGACAAGCCCAGGGUUUAAAAUGCUGCUAGGGAGAUACUUAAUUUGCAUUAGGGUUUUAAUGGCGUAUGAUCUUAUGUAGUUUUUAAAUGCAUGUUAGAGGUAGACACGACAUGCUAAAUUGGCGCAUUCGGCUGAACGAAACAUAACUUCGCUAUUUUGACACGAAAAAAACAGUUCGUAUUCAGAUAUGUUAUUCGAACUGAUGAAAAUGCUAGCUUCACAGACGGCUACAUUCUAAACGUCCCAUUUCAUAUUUACACAUACUGCAUCCAUAAGACGUUAUGUUAUCUCUAAUCUUCAGUUUUCGAUGAGCCUGAUAAAUAGGAUUUCUUUAUCUGUUCAACUCUUACUACUGACAUUACAGCCUGUAAGUGCACACACAGCACACGUGAGCAAAUGUAGUUAAUAAUAGUGCUUGAUAAGGAACUAAAACAUGACACUUGGCCUUUCUGCAUAAAUAAUGAAAUAGAAAAACUCUAAAAAUCACUCCAUUGCCAUUAAGUGACUCAAGAUGUUGUUACAGAUGUUGUUAUUGUGGUAUUUUCGUGAUUUCUUGGACAUUGCACUAUGGUAAUACCAUGGUAUUGUUUGAAGCACCUUGAGUACCAUGUAAAUACCAUGGUAUGUCACUAGGGUAAUCAUUCAGAACCAUGAUAUACUGUAUAUGGUGUUGCCAUCUGAUACCACUAUACCAUGAUACAGCCACAGUACUUUUUUAAUAAUAAAAAAGAAGUUAAGGAUACCACUACAGUAUGAAUGAAUUAGCAUCAUUCAUGAAUAAUUAUACUUUGAUGAAAAUAUUUAUAUUGGCUGUAAUUAAUUUCAUACUUCAAUGCUUAAUCCACUAGAUGUGUUAAUUAAAAAUCCUUCAGGACUUUACCUCAGUUUGAGUAACACGAGUUGCCGAAUAAUGUCAUGAUAACAUGGCGCCCCCUAGUUUAUAUUUAUGCAAUCCAAACAAACAUUGUAUUUGGCAACUAAUUAGCCUGGUAAUACCAAACUAUGCUACUUCGUUUUGCUUUGUAGGCUUUGUAGAGUACAGAAGCGAACUAAAAUUGAGCGGAAGUACAAAGUCUGACGUAGUCAGGCUAGCAACUAAUAAGCAAAUAUCAUUAAACCUUAAAAAUCAUUUAUUCGCAAAAUCG